AUGGCGUCUUCGUCGUCCAACGUGGUGGGUGUUCAUUACCGGGUGGGGAAGAAAAUCGGCGAGGGAUCGUUCGGUGUUAUCUUCGAGGGUACGAAUCUCUUGAACAAUCAGCAGGUGGCCAUUAAAUUUGAACCACGCAAGAGUGAUGCACCGCAACUUCGCGACGAGUACCGGACAUACAAGAUUCUGGUCGGGUGCCCGGGUAUUCCCAAUGUCUACUACUUCGGCCAAGAGGGUCUGCACAACAUCUUGGUCAUCGACCUCCUCGGCCCCAGCUUGGAGGACCUCUUUGACCACUGCAAUCGGCGAUUCUCCACCAAAACCGUGGUCAUGGUGGCCAAGCAAAUGCUCUCUCGCGUCCAGACCAUCCACGAGAAGAACCUCAUCUACCGCGACAUCAAGCCCGACAACUUCCUCAUCGGUCGCCCGAGCACGAAGGCCGCCAAUGUGAUCCACGUCGUCGACUUUGGUAUGGCCAAGCAAUACCGGGAUCCCAAAACCAAGCAGCAUAUCCCCUAUCGUGAGCGAAAGUCGCUGUCCGGAACAGCCCGCUACAUGAGUAUCAACACCCACCUGGGACGGGAGCAGUCGCGACGAGAUGACCUGGAGGCCUUGGGCCAUGUUUUCCUCUACUUCCUGCGAGGCGGUCUACCAUGGCAAGGCCUGAAGGCCGCGACCAACAAGCAGAAAUACGAAAAGAUUGGAGAAAAGAAGCAGACGACCGCCAUCAAAGACUUGUGCGAAGGAUAUCCAGAAGAAUUCACGAAGUACCUAACCUAUGUCCGCAACCUCGGAUUCGAGGACACCCCCGACUACGACUACCUGCGAGAUCUUCUUACGCAAGCCCUGAAAAAUGCCGGCGAGGUCGAGGACGGCGAAUACGAUUGGAUGAAACUGAACAACGGGCGAGGAUGGGAAUACAAGUCGUAUUCGUCCCAGCAGCAUCUCCACAACAACGGACUCCCGAACACAUCCGCCCGGGAGCUCCACGCGCAGCAACUUCGGGGCAGCCAGAGGCCAGGCGUCACGGCCGACCGUUUAAACGCCGCGCAGCCCCCGCCCCCUUCUCCUGCGAAAGCCGGAGCUGGGAAGACGCGCGAGCGACCAAACGUCGCCGGCGGGAUGCCGAACAAGCGCCAGAGCGGGGGGAUGGAGACAGCCACGCCCACGGCGUCAACACAGGCUCAGUUCCAGAAUUCGAGUGCCAACAUCCCGGGCCGCAUCGGCAGCCCUACCAACCCGACGAGAAAUAGUCAACAAGCGCAAGGUGCUCCAGGCAACAGCAACGAGCCGCAGCCCACUUUCGUCCAGAAGAUGAUGAAAGCGUUAUGCUGCGGUAGGUGA